UGACUCUGAUUUGAUUAUACCCAAUGGCGCCAGAUCCACAGCCAGAUCCAACUGAUUGGGAGAAAACGCCGAGGGGAUCGUCUUUGAUCGUAUUUGUUUGUGGCUCUGUUUUACUUUCAACAGCAGCAUAAUCUCCCCAAGAACCAAAUCAGCUAUGGCUGUGCCUCGAUGAAUAUUCAUGGGCUGUGUUCGCAGAGUUGAGAGGUGGACUUGGAUGGGUCGAGAGUUUGCGAAGAGCAAAGAGGAGGCAGAGUGCUGUCAACGGCUACGACUUGACCCAAUUUUAUGGCGCUGCUGUGGCUGCGCCUCAUCUGAAUUAGAACUCGUGCCCGGUCAAGAGUCACUCGAUAAUGCCGAGAAAGUCUUCGUCGUGGCCAGUGGUCGAGGCAGCCAGCAGUUCUACUUGUCCCUCCAACCCCAACGGAACCACAAAGUGAAGUCUAGACAUGGCAAGGAUACGUGGUGGUGUGCUGAUCCUCCUGGCGAUCGUGCUUCUGGCCCUGGCAGCCAGCAGCCACGCUGAGAAAUCCCAAAAGCAGCAAAAGCAAAGGCAGCAGAGACCCAUGACCGGAUUGGGACAGGCGAUGGGAAAUCAGAAGAACAGACGCCCCAACAAGAAUCAACAGGCAGCCGGGCAGAAGCAGAGACCCAACAAACAGAAGCAGCCACAGACACAGCAGCAGCAGCAGCAGCAGGCCAAUAUCCCAGACUCGAAUGUGUUCACCGCAUCGGUGCCCGUUCUGGGCAGACUUCGCGGUCGGACCUUGAACACGGACUGGUCUGGCAAAAAAAUAAUGCAAUUCGUCGAUGUGCCAUAUGGAAAGGCAGAGCGCUUCAAGGCAGCGGAACCGGCAUCGCCCUGGAGAGGCGUUCUUCCCGCCCAUCGUCACCACCCCGGUUGCCCGUCCAUACAGGAUCUGCUCAAGUACGCCAAAUUGGAGGAGAAUGGCUUCGAUGUCGAGGACUGUCUUCGCCUCACCAUCAGCACCAAAGCGAUGGAGGGAGAUCUCGCGCCAGUUAUGGUGUAUAUACAUGGCGACUUCUUCUACGACGGCGAUUCCGUGGAGGCCGCUCCUGGCUAUCUGCUGGAGCAGGAUGUGGUGCUGGUUUCGGUGCGGUACCGCCUGGGGCCAUUCGGCUUCCUGUCUACCAUGAGUGACGACAUGCCUGGAAACGCGGCCGUCAGCGAUAUCAUCCUGGCCCUCAAGUGGGUGCAGAAGCACAUUGGCUCCUUCGGUGGCGAUCCACAGCGGGUCACUCUCUUCGGCCAGGUGGGCGGUGCUGCACUUGUCAACGUGCUUACCCUGAGCCCGGCCGUGCCGGCGGGUCUUUUCCACCGAGUCAUCUAUCAGUCGGGCACGGCGCUGUCGCCCGCCUUUAUCACAGACACCCCGCUGGCAGCCACCAAGGACAUUGCUCGCAUCGCCGGCUGCAAGCAGCUGGCCAAGGUGGAGUCGCUGAACAAGUGCCUAAUGCGGCUCAACGCCACUAUGCUGUUGGCUGCCUUCAGCAUCCAUGGCGAGGACAAGCCAUCGCUGAGCGGCGGCGCCUAUGGUGGGGUCCAGCUGGUCAUCGGCGGACCAUCCGGCAUUCUGCCGGAGCAUCCCGGACGUCUGCUGGCUGCCGAGAAGUUCCAGGCCUAUCCCACAAUGGGUGGCAGCGUCAAGCAUGGCGGUACCUUCAUACUGAGAGACAUAUUUGCGGACAGCUUCAACGAAACAAUUCUGGAUGAGAAGCUGACUGGACGGCAGUACAUCGAGACCAUUAUUGAGCAGGCCAAUGGGGCGGAUCCCACUGGCUCCUGGAGUGAGUUUGCCGACGAGGAGAUCUUCAGUGCCGAGGACAUCAAGAACGGCAGCUUCAAACGUCUCACCCCAGGACUGAUCGAUCUGUGCAGCACGAUUUCGCUGAAGAAUCCCGUGCUCUUGGUGCUUCAGGCCAAUGCCAAGAAGCUGCCCAACAACACCUAUCUGUACACCUUUGACUACGAGGGGGAGAUGAACCGGUAUGGCACCAGCGAUGAGGAGGCUUCAUUUGUGCCCUUCGACAUGGGCGUGUCGCUGACCGACGACAACCUCUACCUUUUCCCCUGGCCACGCUUCCAGAUGCUCAACUCCAACCGUGACAUCAAGGUAGCCAGGCGCAUGGUGGCCCUGUGGACGUCCUUCGCCAAGACGGGAGUACCCGUGGCCCCGGGUCUGCCCGCCUGGCCACCGAUGACCGACGACACGGGACCAUAUAUGCGUAUGGGUCGCACGAUCAGCUUCGGCGACAACUAUCUCGACGAGUACAGCAUUGCGGUCGAGGAGGUCAAGCGGGGCUACAGUCUGGUCAACGAGGAUUACUAUGACCUGGAGUCGGCUUUGCUGGCGGCCACCAACCGGGAUAGGUUGACGCCUGACGCCGACGCCGAGGACGAUCAGGAGGAUGAAGAGGAGGACGACAACGAGACGACUGCCAAUGAGGGGCGCGGACAAAAUUUGGUGUUCAUUGCCAAGAAGUCAACGCGCAUCCAAAAAACAGUAAAAAUUUAAUGCCACUGGCACUCAGUCGGAUUCAUGUGCGAUUUGCUUAAAGUAAUUUAUUAAUGCAUUUCACAAAUAUACGCUGCAACGUCAUUAAAAUUAUUUUUUAUAUACAUAUUAAAUACCCUAGGAGAGGGUAUGCUUAUGUGUAUGUUCAUUUACUCUGAUCACCGUAUCAAUUAAAUGUCUGACAGACGGUCAGAAGGUUCCAGUUGACGCCGAAAAUGAAUAAUUUCAUUUGCUAUGUGUGAUUUGUACUUUUAAUCACUUUUCUCGGUGAAUCACUGAUAAGUAAAAUUCUCACAAUUAAAUACUACAUAUAUAUUUCCGGAUGCUAGUGGCAUGCAACGAACACUGGUGUUACAAUAUUUAUUCAUCAUUAUUCGGUGCGCCAGUCUCGCAAAUAAAAUACGAAUUGAGCCAACAUGGGGCGUCGUUCAUUAGGAAUGGCCUGUUUUGUUGUGACUUAAGCUCUACGCAAUGUUCAUAGUUUCCAUAAUUGUUUGGUUCACCAUAAACCCACUUGAGGAAAGUCGCCCUCCUUCCAGUAUUCUGCGCCCGAAACAAGCCCUCAUUGGCCAGGUCGGAGAUGCCCAGCCAAUAGUGACGGCCGCGGAUGAGUCUUUGCAAAAUGGAAUUCAGUUCUUGUUGGUUUUCCGGAUCCGCCAGAUGGCCACCCAUGUUAGUGCAUAUAUUCAAUGCGGAAUGCCAGUUGACUUUUUGAUUCUCCUCAAUGUAGAAGUACUUUGAACCGAUAUUCAAGAAG